AUGGCUUCCUCCGAUGUGGCGCGGCAUAUGGUCUAUCAGUCAGUUUUGGGAAUCAAAGCAACUUGUGUCUCCUCCCAACCAUGCAAAGAAGAAAAGAUAACAGACGAAAACCCUCGUUGUUUAACUAUGACUGGUCAUGUGGGUUUUGAAAGUUUGCCUGAUCAGUUGGUCAACAGGUCCCUUCAGCAAGGGUUCUGUUUCAACAUUCUCUGUGUGGGAGAAACUGGAAUUGGAAAGUCAACCCUGAUAGACACGUUGUUUAACACUAAUUUUGAUAGCUCCGUAUCCUCACACUUUCACCCGAAUGUAAGACUUAAAGUCCAGACAUAUGAACUACAGGAAAGCAAUGUCCGGUUGAAAUUGACUAUCGUAAAUACAGUGGGAUUUGGAGACCAGAUAAAUAAAGAAGAUAACUAUCGACCAAUUGUGGAUUACAUAGAUGCUCAAUUUGAGGCCUAUCUCCAAGAAGAAAUGAAGAUUAAACGUUCACUCUUUAACUACCGAGAUUCUCGAAUCCAUGUCUGCCUUUACUUUAUUUCACCUACAGGACAUUCCCUUAAGUCUCUUGACUUGUUAACCAUGAAGAAAUUGGAUAGUCGGGUAAACAUCAUCCCUGUGAUUGCCAAAGCGGAUACAAUUACUAAAGCUGAACUGCAUAAGUUUAAGUUUAGACUCAUGAAUGAAUUGGUCACCAAUGGAAUCCAAAUAUACCAGUUCCCGACAGAUGAUGAAACUGUUGCUCAGCUUAAUGCUUCGAUGAACGGACAUUUACCAUUUGCUGUUGUGGGUAGUACAGAGGAGGUCAAACUGGGAAAUAAGAUGGUGAAAGCUCGUCAGUACCCUUGGGGCAUUGUGCAAGUGGAAAAUGAAAAUCACUGUGACUUUGUAAAGCUCCGGGAAAUGCUCAUUUGCACAAAUAUGGAAGACCUGAGAGAACAAACCCAUCUUCAACACUACGAAAAUUAUAGACGUUGCAAACUGGAGGAAACCGGUUUUAAAGAUGUAAACCCAGAGAGAAAACCUGUAAAUGUUCAAGAAGCAUAUGAAUUCAAAAGGUAUGAAUCUUUUGGCGAACUUCAAAGGAAAGAAGAGGAGAUGAAACAGUUGUUUGUGAAGCGAGUGAAAGAGAAAGAAGCUAUUUUGAAAGAGGCUGAGAGAGAGCUCCAGGCGAGAUAUGAACGUCUUAAAAGAAUUAAUCAAGAAGAAAGAAUGAAACUUGAAGAAAAGAGAAGAAUUUUAGAAGAGGAAAUAAGUGCUCUUGGUAAAAGGAAAGCUGCAUCUGAACUAAAAGCCAGUCUUUAA